AUGGAAAACGAACAAGAUGAUGAAAUGAGGAUAGAUGUCGACGACUCUGAAGAAAAUAGUGCAAAAUCUAAUGAUGUUGAAGACAAAAUGGUGACUGAAGGUGGUCAGAUGAGUGAAAAUGCUGAUGAUGUGCUGCAGAGGAUAGAUUCAGCUUUUAAAAAGUAUGUUCCACUUCAGCACCAUCAUCGAACUCUACUGGCCCAACACGCAACUUCAAUCCUGGCCCAUUACUACAACCCGAUACCAAGUCUGAUGUGCGCCAUCCAGCAAUAUACCACAAGUACCACAAACCAGCAACAGCAAUUUCCAACGGCACCACAAUUCGGCCUAAACCACCAACAACAACAGCAACAAUUGCUGAUGAGCAACAAAUCCACUAUACAACCAGAAACCUAUCAUAAAAGUCUGAUGGUGAAGAAUUUACCGCAGGAAAAUUUAAAUUUGACGCUGGAUGGAUCCAAGUUGCCGAGUAAGGAGAAAGGUUUUUCCCCGAGGAAGGGUUUGAUGGUUGGUCAUGAGGAUUUGAUGGCGCAGAGGGGUGCAGGAGUUUUCCAGACUGGCGGUUUUGGAAAUGGUGCUUCUGCGGAAAGUCCGAGGAAGGUUAGUCCAGGAGACAAGAAGUCUGUGAGUCCUAGUCAGAAAAGUCAGGGUGGAAGUACCGGUGGUAAUAAUACUGGAAAAACAUAUUCUUGCCUAGAAUGUGGAAAAACCUUCAGUGCACAUUAUAAUUUGACGAGGCACGCCCCUGUGCACACGGGGGCUCGCCCCUUCGUCUGCAAAGUCUGCGGAAAGGGAUUCAGACAGGCUUCAACAUUGUGCAGACAUAAAAUCAUCCACACAUCCGAGAAGCCUCACGUUUGCAACGUUUGUGGAAAGGCGUUCAAUAGGUCCUCGACAUUGAACACGCAUUCGAGAAUCCACGCCGGUUACAAACCAUUCACGUGCGAACAUUGUGGAAAAUCGUUCCACCAGAAAGGAAAUUAUAAAAAUCACAGGUUGACCCACAACGGUGAAAAGGCCUACAAAUGCACAAUAUGCGGCAAAGCCUUCCACCAGGUCUACAACCUGACCUUCCACAUGCACACACACAACGACAGCAAACCCUUCACCUGCAGGGUCUGCGGAAAGGGCUUCUGCAGAAAUUUCGACCUGAAGAAACACACCAGGAAACUGCACGAGUCGGGGGCGCAGACGCAGCAACAACCGGGCGCUCCGGUGGAUAACAGUAAUAAGAAUUUAGGGAUGGCUAAUUAUCAAUCCGGGGGCAGUUUGGUGGGACUGUCGCCCGUUGGGGGGCAUCAUCCAGCGUCGUUUUUGUACAGGAAUAAUUUGGCUGGUUAUGGGGGCUAUCAUCAUGUGCAGUCUUAG